CCCAGGUGAAGGACCUGGGCGGCCAGGUCCAGGACCUCGGCCGGCAGCUCAAGACCAUGGGGAGCCAGGUGCAGGCCAUCGUGGCGCACGUGCGGCACCUCCCCACCCAGACUGGCGGGCUGGAAGACCGCGACUGGCUGGAAACGAAGGAUUCGGCCUUGCUGGCGCAGGAGAGGGGGCAGGCAGGGCCAACGAAAGGCAGGAAGGACACCAAGCCGGUCUUCCAGGGCCCCGAGCUGCUCCAGGACCUCAUGGAAGACAUGAAGAUUUUGAAGGAAGCCCAUCAAAAGAAGGAGCAGCCUGAGUUGCAGCCCGAGAAACUCCUUCAGCGAAUUGAAGAACUGGAGAGGAUAAUUAGAGAAAGGGACGAAUUCCUGGAAUUAUUAAACCGGAAGCUGAGUGGGAUGCCGUCUCCAGAAGAGGCCACCAUGGUCACCUGGGAAGAGCUGGAGCAGGCGAUUACUGAUGGCUGGAAAGGUUCACAAACGAUCUCAGAGUCAUCAACAGGACUUCAGCGGCGCAAAAGACAGGGUUCCAUAACAUCAAAUGACCUCACUGCAAGUGGAGUCUCCACCAUGCAUCCAAGUGUUGACCAGGCUAUAGACUCUGCUGGUUUUAUCACAGACAAGACUUUUUCAGGAACCAGCGGCAUAGGAUACCCCUUUGAUGGGCCUCCUGGCAGGGAACGAAGCAGAGUUUCCUCUGCUACUGGGUUUCCGGGUAGAGAACAGCACUUAAGAGCCCGUGAUGAAGCUGGCCUGGCCAGACCCCAUCCGCCAUCUAUGUCCCAGUUGAGGGCAGAGUCAGACCGCCGCCGGUCUAGAGAGCAGCACAGCUUAGGUCAUCUACGCAGAGAUGAACGGGAUGCACACCUUGGCCCAGUGUAUCAGGAUGUGUCCUUGCCCAGAGAUCGACACCCUCAGGUGUCCCCAGAUCAGCACAGGGGAGUGUUCACUAGCCAAGGCCACCUCUAUGCAAGGCCUGAUCAAUAUGGACUUGGAUCAUUUGACUUGGAUCAGUUUGAAUCGCUAUAUCCCAGCACUUAUGUGCCUGGCAUGGUACCCCUCAGUGUGGAUCAGGUUGGAGUGAUGCUGCCUGGAAUGGAUGAGCAGGAAUUGGUACUAGCUGGCAUGGCUCAGAGUGAUGCAGUGCCAACAUUGGUACCUGGCAGAGAUCAGCAAGGAUCAGAACAGCCUAGUAUAGAUCAGCCUGGUAUGGUUCCACUUAGCACAUAUCAGCUUCCUGGAAUGGAUGAGAGUGGUAUGGGACCACUUGGCACAUAUCAGUCUGGAUUGGUACCUCUUGGUGUAGAUCAGCAUGGAUUUGUAAUAUAUCCCAUGGAUCAGCAAGUUUUUGUACAGCCCAGUUUGGGAACAUCUGGCUUCAUACAACCUGGCACAGAGCAGCAUGAGAUGAUCCAGCCUGGUGCAGGUCAGGCUGGCAUGGUGCAGCCCAGCGCAGGUCAGGCUGGCGUGGUCCAGCCCGGCGCGGGUCAGGCUGGCGUGGUCCAGCCCGGCGCGGGUCAGGCUGGCGUGGUGCAGCCCGGCGCGGGUCAGGCUGGCGUGGUCCAGCCCGGCGCGGGUCAGCCUGGUGUGGUCCAGCCCGGCAUGGGUCAGCCUGGUGUGGUGCAGCCUAGAAUGUAUCCACGAGGUUUGGUGCAACCUGGGAUGUAUCCACGAGGUUUGGUGCAACCUGAAAUGUAUCCACGAGGUUUGGUCCAACCUGGUAUAGGUCACCCUGGUUUCAUGCAGCCUAGAAUGUAUCCACGAGGUUUGGUGCAACCUGGAAUGUAUCAGCGAGGUUUAGUGCCACCUAGAAUGUAUCAUCGAGGUUUGGUGCAGCCUGCUGUGGGUCAACCUGGUGUGGUGCAACCUGAUAUAGGUCAGCCUGAUUUGGUGCAACCUGGUGCAGGCCAAGCUGGUGUGAUCCAAGCUGGUGCAGGCCAAGCUGGUGUGAUCGAACUUGGUGCAGGCCAAGCUGGUGUGAUCCAACCCGGUGCAGGCCAAGCUGGUGUGUUCGAACCUGGUGCAGGCCAGGCUGGUGUGACUGAACCUGGUGCAGGCCAGGCUGGUGUGAUCCAGCCCGCUGCAGGUCAGGCUGGUGUGAUCCAGACCAGUGCAGGUCAGGUUGGUGUGAUCCAGCCCGGUGCAGGCCAGGCUGGUCUGGUGCAGCCUGGUGCAGGUCAGGUUGGUGUGAUCCAGCCUGGUGCAGGUCAGGUUGGUGUGAUCCAGCCUGGUGCAGGCCAGGCUGGUGUGGUGCAGCCUGGUGCAGUCCAGCCUGGGUUGGUGCAACCUCAAGUGGAUCAUUAUGGUUUAGUACAGUCUGGUAGAGGUCAACAUGGCUUUUUUCAACCUAAUAUAUCUAUGCCUGGCUUGGUCCCACCUGGGGCAUAUCCUCCUGGUCUGGUCCAGACUGGUGCCUAUCCACGUGGCUUCGUGCAGCCUGGUGCCGAUCAGCAGGGUUUGGUUCAGCCUGUAAUAGACCCGCAUUGGGGGAGGCAGUCUGGCACAGGUCGAAGCAUAAUACCGCCAGGCACAGAGCUUCUCGGGUUUCCAACAUACCGUGCUGAUUCUCGAAGUUUGACAUCACCACGUCCAUACCAGCAAGGUGUGGCACCUCCUGGCAGGGAUCAGUAUGGUCGGGUGUCAUCACUCCUAGCCAGUCAAGGUCUGACACCAUCAGGUAUAGACCGAGAAGUUUUGGUACGAGAAAUGUAUCGACAAGGUUUGCUGCAGCGUGGCCCAACACUAUCAAGCACAGCUAUAGGACCUUCACCCCAAGAUCAACAGCAUUUGGAAACACCUGAACCAGAGCAGCGUGACCAGGCUGUUCCUGACUCUAUCGCAGACUCCCAGGGCCUAAUGUCUGGUGGCCCAGGGUAUCAAGGUGUAGAUCAGCAAGUCCAGGUAGGUGUGGGUCCAAAAGAACUAUAUAACUUAAGCCAAGCUGGAGUUUCUGUUCAGACUUCCCCAAGCCAAGAGGCCCUCUUUCCCAGGAGCACACACUCCCUUGACUAUCUGAACCGAGGCUCAUCGGAAAGGAGUGAUACUCAGAGUGAGAGACAUGAAUCACUGGAUAAAUUGACUCCUAGCUUCCCCAUAGCAGUGGAAACAUUUCGUAUGAUGGGAGAGAUUAUCGCCCUCUACACGGAGCUUAAGGAGAACAUAAAGGACCUGGAUGAGGAACAGGCUGGCCAAACGAACUCGGAGAAGAUCCAGUAUCUGCUGGCACUGAUGGUCAAGAAGUCCAUACCCCCUGACCUGCAGGAACAGCUGAAGACCUUAAAGUCUUUGACCAAAGAAAUUCGACAAGAAAAAGCAAAAAUGGAGAAGAUGAGCAAGAUCCUGGAGGGUCAUGGUCAUGGGGAGAAAGAAAUAGGAAAGGAGGAGAAAGAUAGCCCGCUGAACCUGCAGCUGGGUAUCCUCAGAGUCACCAUGGCCGACAUCGAGAAGGAGCUGGGUGAGCUGAGGGAGAGGCAGGAGAAGGGCAAGGUCAGCGUGGAACAUUCGGUCUCCGAAGCCUCCGUUUACCUGCAGGAUCAGUUAGACAAGCUCAGGACGAUCAUUGAGAACAUGCUGGCCUCGUCCUCCACGCUGCUGUCCAUGAGCUUGAACAUGACCCCGCACAAGACCCUGACCACCCUGGCCCCCAGCCAGAUCGACCCUGCGGCCACCUGCCCGGCCUGCAGCCUGGACCUGAGCCACCAGGUCAGCAUGCUGGUGCAGCGCUACGAGCAGCUCCAGAACAUGGUCAACAACCUGGCUGCCUCCCGGCCCUCCAGGAAGGCCAAACUGCAGAGCCAGGAUGAAGAGCUGCUGGGCCACGUCCAGAGUGCCAUCCUGCAGGUGCAGGGCGACUGCGAGAAACUCAACAUCACUACCAGCAACCUCAUCGAAGACCACCGGCAGAAGCAGAAGGACAUUGACGUGUUGUACCAGGGUCUGGAGAAGCUGGCGAGGGAGAAGGCCAACAGGGAACACCUGGAGAUGGAAAUUGACGUGAAAGCUGACAAGAGUGCCCUGGCAGCCAAAGUGAGCCGCGUCCAGUUUGACGCCACCACGGAGCAGCUGAACCACAUGAUGCAGGAGCUGGUGGCCAAGAUGACAGGGCAGGAGCAGGACUGGCAGAAGAUGCUGGACAAGCUCCUGGUGGAGAUGGACAACAAGCUGGACCGCCUGGAGUUGGACCCAGUGAAGCAGUCACUGGAGGAUCGAUGGAAAUCCUUGCGACAGCAGCUCAAAGAGCGCUCUCCUCUCUACCAGGCGGACGAGGCAGCUGCCAUGCGGAGGCAGCUCUUGGCACACUUCCACUGCCUCUCAUGUGACCGUCCCCUGGAGACACCUGUGACUGGACAAGUCAUCCCCGUGACUCCCGUGGGCCCUUGCCUGCCUGGGCACCGCUCCGUCCGCCCCUACACAGUCUUUGAACUGGAGCAGGUUCGGCAGCAGAGCCGCAACCUGAAGCUGGGCAGCAGUGGCUUCCCGCGGGGGGACCUGGGGCCGGUGGAGCGGAGCGUGGGGCGCCUGCGUACCAUGCACUCCAAGAUGCUCCUGGACAUCGAGAAGGUGCAGAUCCACUUCGGGGGCUCCGUCAAGGCCAGCAGCCAGAUGAUCCACGAGCUGCUGCAGGCCCAGUGCCUCAGCUCCCCCUGCUACAGACGGCUGCCAGACAUGGCUGAUUACAGCUACUCCUCGGCGCCCCGGCCCUGCGGGGGCAGCCACACCCUCACCUACCCCUACCGGCGCAUCCGCCUGCAGCAUCUUUCCCAGGGCCUGUACCCCCCCGAGGAGAUCCAGAUCGCCAUGAAGCACGACGAGGUGGACAUCUUGGGCCUGGACGGACAUAUUUACAAGGGCCGGAUGGAAACACGGCUGCCGGACCUCAUGAACAAAGACAAUGCGGGGAUGAAGCACAAGACCAAGCAGUCCCGGCCCCACGGGCAUCGGCAGCAGCCCCCCAGCGACGGCGGCCAGCUGCCCUCGCGGCCUCAGAGUGCCCAGACGCUGGCUGCCAGCGACUCAGCUCCUUCCCGUCAUCGGAAAGACAGACCUGUCUCCACCGAGGGCCGCCUCUCCCAGCCGAACCCAGCCCACCUGCCCGGCAAGACGGGGAACCUGCCAGGGGGGCGGGACGAGCACAGGGAUAUGCCCCCUGGGGAGGGGCUCGAGGAGCCCACCCGGGGGCCACGGUCCACCUCUGCUCACUGAGCAGGGCUAUAAAUAAACGCUCAGGAGAAAGCUCGCA